GGCAUUUGUUGAUCAGCUGGUAGAUCAAGCGCCGUUUUUGGCAAAGGAAAGAGGGGAAAAGAGCUGAGCCAGCGCGCCGACACUGAGUCUUGUCGACUGGCAGUAGGGCCAAACAAGAAGUAAAUAGCAACACUGAUCACCAUGGAGCUGAGUGAAGACACUGGAUGGUUAGCUCCGGUCCCUUUCAUGGUGGUUUGCGUGUGUUCUAUCAUCGCAGUCCUACUGGGGAAUGCACUUUUUCUCCCACCUGAACUUAUAGAUGGUAUCUAUGCUCAGCCAGGUCAGUGGUACUUUCUGAAGAGAACAUUCAUCUAUUUUUCCAUUUUGCUGAGGAAAUGGAGAAGCAAACAAAGUUACAAAGGACGGGCAGGAGCCGGCUAUGGGCAGCUAUCAACAGAGAUAGAAGAAGACUUAGAAUUUGUGACAGAAGUUGCUGACAAACCUCAUGCUUUCAACUCUGUUUACACUUUCGGUGUCAGUGCAACUGGGGAAUGGCUUGUUGCCAGGAUUGGACUGAGACCCAACGGCGAGCAGAGUUGCUGGUUUGUUCUUGGUCUACCUGGCAUCGGGGACCUGGUCCAUGCUCAGUACCCAGACUGCGUGGUCCAAGGGGACCUGUCUUUGGGGUUCAAGGCUGGUGGGCUCACGAUGGAGGUCGUUGAACCCAUGAAGCUUUGGAGGAUCUCUUAUAAUGGUCUCUGCAAAGCUGGUUUCCAAGAAAAUAUAAAGAGUAAAGAUGAAAGGCCUCUCAUUCAUGUUCGAUGCUCAUUCAUGUGGUCAGCCUUUACCCCUAUCUUCAACUUUGACACAGAUUUGAAUUCUUGGCAUAACAGCGGGAAUGUUGCAAGGGAGCCUUGGAAUAGGGAGUUCUUCAAGAAGUUGAGGGGUAUGCAUCAGACCCACUAUGAGCAGUACGGCAUGUUGAGGGGUGUGGUCAAGGUCGAAGGUCAUGAUGAGAUGACCCUUGUCAUGAGGGGCAUAAGAGAUCAUUCUUAUGGUGUUCGUGACUGGGCAGCUUUCUAUCGCUAUGCUCUCCACUUUGGUGUACUCGAGGAUGGCUCUUCUUUUCAAGUUGGAGUAUUCUCUAUCCCUGGAUACCUCUCUCAUUUGUCUAUAGGGUACUUAUUCAUGCCGAAUGGAGUAAAAUAUGCCCUGACAUCGACUGACAUUUCACUUCCUAAACUACUAUGUGGGAACCAACCCCCUGACAAGUACAGUUUCACAUUCAGCAUUGAAGAUGGAAGAAAACUGUGGGUCAAGGUUGAGGUGGAGUCUAGUCCCGUCUUCUACAUGGGUCCAAACUGGGAGGUCAAAGUUCAUGAGAGGAAGGCAAAGUUCACAGUCAGUGGGGUCAAAGGUUGGGGCAUCAGUGAGUUCCUUUACAGGAAUGAUGGCGGACGACCCAGUCACUUUGAUGAGGAGAAGGUUCCUCUUGUCAUUGAACCAGAACCCAGUCAAGAAGCCCUCAAUCAGUUUGUACUUCCAUUCACAAACCCAGCAUGUCAAUCAACCAGGCUAGUAGGAGGCAAAGGGGCUCAACUUGCAAUAUUAACCCAUCUCAGGAAUAAAUUAAUGCCUAAGUUUGAUGUCCCACCGGGCUUUUGUGUGACCAGCAAUGCAUUCCAAGUUCAACUCAAAUCAUGUCCUAAACUCCAAGAAGCAGUCAAGGGAUUAUGUGAGGUAUCCACAGACCUCCGAUGUGCAUCGCUGGAAGAUACGUGUAACUGGGUUGGUGAGCUGUUUAGCAACACUCCCGUAUGCGCUGAGAUCAGUUCUGACAUUAAGAAGGAAUUGGAGAGACUCUUUGGCAAAGACAACACCAAGAGGAUGUUUGCUGUCAGGUCAUCUGCUAUAGGUGAAGAUACAGCAGAAAUGUCCGCAGCAGGUCAGCUGACUACCAUCCUUGGGGUCAAAGGUUAUGAUAAGGUAUGCAAAGCUGUUCAAGAGUGUUGGGCAUCUCUGUUCUCAUUCCAGGCUGUGCAGUACAGAAGGCAAAGAGGACAGUCUGUAGAAUCGACCAUGGGUGUCGUCGUCAUGGAAAUGGUUCCUUCAGAAAUAUCAGGUGUACUUUUUAGUCGUGACCCAGUAGAUGGUAACCCGGCAGUGGUCCUCAUCAAUGCCAACUAUGGGUUAGGUGAGUCUGUGGUAUCGGGUAUAGCUGACCCUGACACCAUCACUCUCAGGAGGAAGAGGAGGGAUAAGUUUGAGAUUACCAAGAUUGAGGUUGGAUCCAAGAAAAAGGCUAUUAUGCUUGAAGAAUCUGGUGGAACUCUAACAAAGGACUUGCCUGACAUGGAUUCACAGAAAGCUUGUAUUUCUAAUGAGGUGGCUUUUGAUAUAGCAAGGUUAUCAAACAAGCUAGAGGAGAGGUUUGGGGACCCCAGAGACAUAGAAUGGGCCUACAGCAAUGGAGCCAUAUACUUGCUGCAGGCACGUCCGAUCACCACCAUAGAUAUGAUGACGGACUAUGAAUUGCUCCAUGAGUUUGAUUCAGGGAUUGCUACGGAUAGAGAGUGGUUAACUACUUGUAAUAUCCAAGAGAUGAUGCCAGGUGCAGUAACACCUCUCACUUAUAGUGUCUUUGUGUCAGCUAUUGAUUGGUGUUUACAGAAAUUCCUUACUGGUUUUGGAGGUCCACCUUCAGUUUGGCCCUGUUUGAAGUCAUUAGCCUUCAGCUGUGGAAAGAUCUUCAUCAGUCUCACCAAAGUUGGAGCAUGCCAUGAAGAUUACACAGCAGGGGCUCGCAAGGAUAUGAUGGAGAUCGCACUGCUAGGUCAGCUUCUUGAAGACUUCACAACAGCCGACAUCCACUCCUACCAUGGGCCCCCAAACCAUCUCAUCCACAGGAUCUGGAAUUGCUUUAAGAUGAUACGGGUUGUUCUAAAUGCCAAGAAGGAUGUGGAGAAGUUGGAGAAGAAACUAGACUCUUUUAGGAUCAAAGAGUGUCGUACUGCUGCUGGACUAUACCAAGAAAUAGACUCCAAGAUACCGGAUCUCUAUGAGGCAUGGAGAGCCUCAAUGUUUCUGAGUUCAGCUUCCAGCUCUUAUAGCAAUGUGCUCAUGGCCAUCUUAACAAAAGGCUCAGCUAAAUGGGAGACAAUUCACUACUCAGAAGUAGCCAUGUUGCUUUCAACCUGCCCAAAUGUUCCCAGUGCAGAUGUUCCUAUGGCUUUAGAGAACAUUGUCAAAGCAGUGAUGAAGGAAGGUAAAUCAGAAGCCUUUGUUAACUGGGAGCCUUCUAAAGCCCUGCAAUGGCUACAGGGAACAGAAAGCAAGUCUGCAGGCAAAAUCUUCAAGAAGUUUCUACAGGAGCAAGGCCACAGAUGCAUACGAGAAUCUGAGUUCAGGGAGUCAUCGUGGAAGAUGCAACCAGUGAAAGUCAUUCCAGUCAUACAGUCCAUACUGAAAGGUGGAAACAUUGCUCGUUCCAAGAAGGAGCUGAGUGUUAAUGAUGCCAUCAAGCAACUCAAAUCACCCAUCACUUUCUUUGAGAGGAUGAUUCUGAAGAUCUUCAUUCCCAAGGCUAGAGUGGCUGUUGGACACAGAGAGUGGGGAAAGUCUCUUGCAGUUAAGUUGCAUAAUCACUUGAAAGAAGGAUACUGGAGACUUGCCCAGCUCAUGGUAGAAGAAGGAAGGUUACCUGAGAGUGAUCUGAUAUUCUUCCUCACUCAUCGUGAGAUAGGUCUCCUUCUGAAGAUUAGGUCUCCACUGAUUUUAUCAAAAGCAAUCCGUCGUAGGAAGCUGUUGCCUGUCCAGAUGGCCAUGAACUAUCCAGAGGUAUUCAGGGGAAGUCCCCAGCCAAUAGAGACACAGAGGAAGACAAAUGCUCUGGUGACACUGAAAGGGCUACCAGUAUGCCAAGGUCGUGUAGAGGGUACUGCCAGAGUAGUGACAAGAUUGGAAGAUGCUGGUACUAUCCAGUCUGGUGAUAUCUUGAUAGUGAUCUUCACAGAUGUUGGUUGGAGUCCUUAUUUCCCUCUGAUUGGCGGGUUGGUAACAGAACUAGGAGGACUCAUCUCACAUGGUGCUGUUGUUGCUCGUGAGUAUGGCAUCCCAUGCAUAGUCAAUGCUAAAGGAGCAACAACCUCAUUCCAGUCAGGAGAUCAUGUUGUUCUUGAUGGAACCAAAGGCACUAUCCAGAAGAUCUCAUCAGCCUAACCCGUAGGCCUAAUCACAAUUAAAGUGAACAGAUCAAUCAUUUAAAGCUUAAAGAAAGAAAGGUAGAUAGAUUGAAAGUAUUUAAUCCAUUCAUCAUUUGAAGAAGAAAAAAACAAGGUACAUUUUAAAAAAACAUACAUUAAAAAACAUGGAAAAUCUUAAUAUAAUAUCAUAAUCUGAAAAAUAUUUGAAAAAAAAAAAAAAUUAAAUAUGAAUGAAUGAAGAGGAAACAAGAAAGGCAAAGGCUUAUUCCUGCUGCCACCUUAACAAAACUGGAAACUACAAAUCUUAUGAAAUAUAUGAUGUGAUGAAAUAUACGAGAUUGAAAUAUUGAGUAUAAAAAUGGGGAAAAAUGCACAGAGAGAUUAAUUGAUUCCUGUUAAAUGUAGACAAAUAUGCAUCUGGUGGAAUGAGGGAUAUUCUGUGUAUAAUCAAAUGCCUCAACGAUUUUAAGUCAUCAACGUAUCGAAAAAAAAAAAGAAUUAAUCAUCAAGAAUCGCCAUGCCUGAGAGCAUCCGGCAGGUAGACAGUGGGAUGGCCCAGCACAGUGGCAUGCGACACACAGAGACCAUGUUUGCAUGAAGAAUUCUUAGCAUUAUGGUGGUACCAUUGUCACAAAAUUGUAGAUAUCUUGAUGAUUAAGUGACCACUUGGUUUAAAUAGCUCUAAUCAUUCCUGUCUAAUCUAAAUGAUUUCACUUGAGUUAGCAGCUGAUUUUGAUAUGGAAUCCAGGGGCCCGUCUUACAAAGUGUUGCGAUUGAUCCGAUCAACCGCAACUGUAGAAAGCCAGCAUAGUCAACAUUCAAACUACAUGUUUGUUUAAGAUGUUUUCUAGAUUUGAUGUAUACUCAUCAUUGUUUUGACAGUUCAGUAUGCUUCUCUUUAUUUUAAAAGGACAUUGUGCAGAUUUCCUGCAGAAAAAAUAUGAUAUGGAAGGAUUUCCAUGUAAUUGAUGUUGAUCAGAUCAAUCAUAAGUCUUUGUCAGAUGGCCCUGGACAGAUUUACUGACUGCCUUUGAUUAUUCUUCAUCUCUAAAAGACAUGUAUGCAUGGAUAUUAUCGGUAACUCACAGUAAUGCCAUUUUGUUGCUUGUAAACCAUUGUUUACAGAACUUAAAAGUUAUUGGUCGAAGUAAAAGGAUGGGAACCAGGGUCAUACGCUUGAUAUUCAUGAUUAAUUGCACAUUGUAUUCAAUGCAAUCAAUUGUGAAAAAAUAUAUUCCUUGAUGAUUUCUAAGCUUUGUGUUAUGGGACCCAGGACAGGUGUUACUCUUCAUGUUCGUCUAUGUACUUAAAUACCUCUGAACUGCAACUCAAUGCAAAAGAGCUAGUGCAAAUAAUUGAAGGGAGGGGGGUAUGCCACAGAAAAUGUGAUGUUAUAUUCCCUCUCUACAUUUAUUUGUAAAUUUUGUUUUUCUUGUUGAAAUUUCUAUUCAUGCAUACAUCAUGAGGAAAUUAUUUUCUUUCAGUUUGUACUUAAACAUGGAUUAUAAAAUUACUUUGACACUCCUAAAAAAAAUUGUUUCUAAAGUAAUCAGCACAUUUGUAUCGAACAUACAUUUUAUUCACUAGGGAGGAAAUGGUAAUGACAUUUUGAAGUCUAGAAUAAUUCUAUCAUUCAAUUUAUUGCUAUUUCUUUUCUAGAGAUGGAAAUUAUCUUCUAUUUUCCACAUGUUUAUAUAUGUUUUUUGUAAUGAAAAAUACCCACAUUGCUUUAAGCUUUAA